CUUCAAAUACGUCGGCAUUGCUUCAGGGGAUCAAGAAGGGAAAGACCAAACGCUACUCAAUGGCAUCAUCACCACAUAAUGGUCUCCCUGCAACUGAAACCCUAAACCCUAACUCGAUGAACGGCCACUAUUCACCUAACCUACCUCAGCACGACCAACCUCCAUCAUCUCCCCAAUCCAAUAACCCCAAAGAGCAAGUCACUCCGCCCAAUCCCCAAUCGUCGCCUGGUGCGGUCCCUGGGGAUAAGCGAAAGCGGGAGGAGUCGGAUACGACGGACCUUUCCCUUCACCCGCUGCAUAAAACCAGUCUCUGCUCCUACUUUAGACGCCAGGCUGGAUCAUGCAGCCACGGCGACACGUGCAGAUACGCGCACGGAGAGGAGGAGCUCCGACAGCGGCCCGAUAACACUUGGGACCCUACCUCUGAGCGUGCUAAGAAGGCGUUGAAGCUGGAAAACAGAGGAGACCAAUGUGAUGAAAAAGGAGAAAUGGAGGUGAUGAUGAUGGAUGUUGUUGUUGAUGGUGACGGCCAUGGGGAGAGGGGCGGAGAGAAUCACAGUGAGUGUUUUUUGGAUCCUGGGCUCAGCAAGUGUUUGGUGCAUCUACCGAUGAAGUGGGAUUCCGAGCGUUUAAGGAAGUUUCUUACUGAACAAGGAGUUCCUUUUAAAUCUGCAAAGAAAAAGAAAGGGAUGGCUGUAGGAUUUGUGAGUUUUGGAGAUACAGAGCAAUUGAAAAGUGCAAUGGAGGAGCUGGAUGGAAAAUCUGUUGGGAAUAAGAAUAUAAAGGUCGCAGAUGUCGUUCCUCGAUCAUUCGAGAAAGACCUGAAAUCAGCAAUAGCUCCCUCUGAAAAUGCCCCAGAAGCUUCAGAGGCUAUAUCCGCUGGGGAGAAUGUUGGAACUGCUAUGUGGUCAGAUGGGAUUGAAGUUGCUGAUGCAAAUAAUGAUGGUUCUGCAUCAGAUGCCUCUGUUCCAAGAACAAGAAGUGUCCGCGACGCAGUGACUCCUCUUGCUCACAUGCCUUAUGGUGAUCAGUUGGAGCAUAAGAAGAACUCUGUUAUGCAAAUGCUGAAAAAACUUACUAGGAAUGCUCGUAAAGCUUGUCCUACUGGUGUUCCAAUUCCAGAAUGGAUCCUCAAAGCUAGAGAAAUAGGUGGUCUUCCAUGUGAACUAGUAGGCAUUCUUGAAUCACCGGUCUUAAAUGGAUAUCGUAACAAGUGUGAGUUUUCAGUGGGAUAUUCUCUACAAGGAAAACCAACAGUGGGUUUUAUGCUUGGAAGCUUCAGGGAGGCGGUGACAGCAGUAGAAGAACCUCUCAACUGUCCUAAUGUUUCUACAAUUGCUUGCAAGUAUGCAUUGGUCUUUCAGAAAUUUCUUCAACAUUCAGGCUUCCCGGUAUGGAACAGAUUUAAGAAUACCGGAUUCUGGCGUCAGUUAACAGUUCGAGAGGGAAGAUCACCAGGGAAGACUACUGAUGUCGAGAAAGAAAUAGUUUCGGAGGUCAUGCUUAUUGUUCAGGUCUGCUCAGUGGGCUAUGAUGAUGCACUAAUAACCAAUGAAUUUGAGAGUUUGGCUCAAGCGUUUGCUGUAGGAGCCGCUGCUGAUACUCUGCCACUGAAAGUUUUGGUUGUUCAGGAUCAUCAAGGGAUAUCUAAUGUAGCACCUGCUAAUGCUCCAUUGCGCCCACUGCCUGUUCCAAAAGUAGACUGUAAUUCUAACCUGGAGGCAAUGGAUGAUGCUGAAGAAAUGAGAAUUCAUGAUUGUAUAAGCAAUCUGAAGUUCUCUAUAUCACCAACAGCUUUUUUCCAGGUUAACACCCUUGCUGCGGAAAAGCUGUACUCACUUGCAGGGGACUGGGCUGGUUUGGGUCCUGAUUCAUUGCUAUUUGAUGUAUGCUGUGGGACCGGAACAAUUGGCCUCACUUUAGCACAUCGAGUUGGUAUGGUUAUUGGUAUUGAAAUGAAUGCAGCUGCUGUUCAAGAUGCUUGUCGGAACGCUGAAAUCAAUGGCAUAACAAACUGUAGAUUUGUAUGUGGAAAGGCCGAGGAUGUGAUGGGUUCUAUAUUGAAAGAAUAUCUAAAUGCCCCUAACAAGCCGGAUGAGCAAUUGAAUGCCUCUGAAACUAUCCCUGACGAGAAAGAUACCUCCGUGAAUGAUGUACAAAACUCUGAACUUUGCUCAGUCCUUGGGACUGAUAUUGGUGAAGUUGCACCAGGGUGUUCUGCAAAUGGUGAGCAAGAACUGCAAAGCUGUAGUCAGAAGAGUUGCACUUCAGGCGAAGGAGAGUCCUUGGUGCCACAGUUCAAGGAUGUUGUUGCUAUUGUUGAUCCUCCUCGUGUUGGACUCCAUCCUACAACUUGUGGGGCAUAUGCAGGUAAUCAAAACUCUGCGAAUGAAUCCACGACUACGGAGGCUAGUAUACAUAUCAUGCAAUCCUGAAAGCUUGGUGGCGAAUGCUAUUGAGCUUUGCACACCAUCCCCUGAUAAAGUUGAUAAAAUGAACAAAAAUAACAGGGGGUGGAGGAACAUGAGCAGUGCUGGUUUGGCCCGGCACAGGGCCAAAUCCAUGCCCAUGUCAGAGCCUUUUCGACCUGUAAAAGCCAUGGCUGUUGAUCUUUUCCCACAUACUCCGCAUUGUGAAAUGGUGAUGCUUUUGGAGCGGUAGUUCAACUCGGAGAGAAUUUAUUCUGAUUGACAAAAUCCCAAAUAUUCUGGUUGAUAUUUUUCUCUUAUUUUUUUCCCAAAAAAGUUUUGACAUUAACCUAUCUGUCGCAUUUUCUCAGGAUUCUUAUAUUUAGAACUUUUUUUAUCUGGCAUAAUGAAAGAAAAAAAGUUCCUGUAGUGA